UGUCCAGCCCCUGAUGUGUGUCCAUUGGUGUGAGCUUCCCCUUCCCUCCUCCCCUUCUCUCCUGCUCGCCCUGCCCAUGUUUUGUGUGUCUCUGUCCAUCCAGACUCCUGACGUUCAAGUUCGCAGGGACGUCACGUCCGCACUUGAACUUGCAGCUCAGGGGGGCUUUUGCCAUUUUUUUCAUCUCUCUCUCUCUCUCUCUCUCUCCCUCUCUCUCUCUCUCUCCCUCUAUCUCUCUUCUCUCUCUCUCUCUCUUUUUUUUUUUUUUGCUUAAAAAAAAAAGCCAUGACGGCUCUCCCACAAUUCAUCUUCCCUGCGCCAUCUUUGUAUUAUUUCUAAUUUAUUUUGGAUGUCAAAAGGCACUGAUGAAGAUAUUUUCUCUGGAGUCUCCUUCUUUCUAACCCGGCUCUCCCGAUGUGAACCGAGCCGUCGUCCGCCCGCCGCCGCCGCCGCCGCCGCCGCCGCCCGCCCGCCCCGCAGCCCACCAUGUCUCGCCGCAAGCAAGGCAAACCCCAGCACUUAAGCAAACGGGAAUUCUCGCCCGAACCUCUUGAAGCCAUUCUUACAGAUGAUGAACCAGACCACGGCCCGUUGGGAGCUCCGGAAGGGGACCAUGACCUCCUCACCUGUGGGCAGUGCCAGAUGAACUUCCCAUUGGGGGACAUUCUUAUUUUUAUCGAGCACAAACGGAAACAAUGCAAUGGCAGCCUCUGCUUAGAAAAAGCUGUGGAUAAGCCACCUUCCCCUUCACCAAUCGAGAUGAAAAAAGCAUCCAAUCCUGUGGAGGUUGGCAUCCAGGUCACGCCAGAGGAUGACGAUUGUUUAUCAACGUCAUCUAGAGGAAUUUGCCCCAAACAGGAACACAUAGCAGAUAAACUUCUGCACUGGAGGGGCCUGUCCUCCCCUCGUUCUGCACAUGGAGCUCUAAUCCCCACGCCUGGGAUGAGUGCAGAAUAUGCCCCGCAGGGUAUUUGUAAAGAUGAGCCCAGCAGCUACACAUGUACAACUUGCAAACAGCCAUUCACCAGUGCAUGGUUUCUCUUGCAACACGCACAGAACACUCAUGGAUUAAGAAUCUACUUAGAAAGCGAACACGGAAGUCCCCUGACCCCGCGGGUUGGUAUCCCUUCAGGACUAGGUGCAGAAUGUCCUUCCCAGCCACCUCUCCAUGGGAUUCAUAUUGCAGACAAUAACCCCUUUAACCUGCUAAGAAUACCAGGAUCAGUAUCCAGAGAGGCUUCCGGCCUGGCCGAAGGGCGCUUUCCACCCACUCCCCCCCUGUUUAGUCCACCACCGAGACAUCACUUGGACCCCCACCGCAUAGAGCGCCUGGGGGCGGAAGAGAUGGCCCUGGCCACCCAUCACCCGAGUGCCUUUGACAGGGUGCUGCGGUUGAAUCCAAUGGCUAUGGAGCCUCCCGCCAUGGAUUUCUCUAGGAGACUUAGAGAGCUGGCAGGGAACACGUCUAGCCCACCGCUGUCCCCAGGCCGGCCCAGCCCUAUGCAAAGGUUACUGCAACCAUUCCAGCCAGGUAGCAAGCCGCCCUUCCUGGCGACGCCCCCCCUCCCUCCUCUGCAAUCCGCCCCUCCUCCCUCCCAGCCCCCGGUCAAGUCCAAGUCAUGCGAGUUCUGCGGCAAGACGUUCAAAUUUCAGAGCAACCUGGUGGUGCACCGGCGCAGCCACACGGGCGAGAAGCCCUACAAAUGCAACCUGUGCGACCAUGCCUGCACACAGGCCAGCAAGCUGAAGCGCCACAUGAAGACGCACAUGCACAAGUCAUCCCCAAUGACGGUCAAGUCUGACGACGGCCUCUCUACCGCCAGCUCCCCGGAACCCGGCACCAGCGACCUGGUGGGCAGCGCCAGCAGCGCGCUCAAGUCCGUGGUGGCCAAGUUCAAGAGCGAGAAUGACCCCAACCUGAUCCCAGAGAAUGGGGACGAGGAGGAAGAGGAGGACGAUGAGGAAGAAGAGGAAGAGGAGGAAGAGGAGGAGGAGGAGCUGACGGAGAGCGAGAGGGUGGACUACGGCUUCGGGCUGAGCCUGGAGGCGGCGCGCCACCACGAGAACAGCUCGCGGGGCGCGGUGGUGGGAGUGGGCGACGAGGGCCGCGCCCUGCCAGAUGUCAUGCAGGGCAUGGUGCUCAGCUCCAUGCAGCACUUCAGCGAGGCCUUCCACCAGGUCCUGGGCGAGAAGCAUAAGCGCGGCCACCUGGCCGAGGCUGAGGGCCACAGGGACACUUGCGAUGAAGACUCGGUGGCCGGCGAGUCGGACCGCAUAGACGAUGGCACUGUUAACGGCCGUGGCUGCUCCCCGGGCGAGUCGGCCUCGGGGGGCCUGUCCAAAAAGCUGCUGCUGGGCAGCCCCAGCUCGCUGAGCCCCUUCUCCAAGCGCAUCAAGCUCGAGAAGGAGUUCGACCUGCCCCCCGCCGCGAUGCCCAACACAGAGAACGUGUACUCGCAGUGGCUAGCCGGCUACGCGGCCUCCAGGCAGCUCAAAGAUCCCUUCCUUAGCUUCGGAGACUCCAGACAAUCGCCUUUUGCCUCCUCAUCGGAGCACUCCUCGGAGAACGGGAGCUUGCGCUUCUCCACGCCCCCCGGGGAGCUGGACGGAGGGAUCUCGGGGCGCAGCGGCACGGGAAGUGGAGGGAGCACGCCCCAUAUUAGUGGUCCGGGCCCGGGCAGGCCCAGCUCAAAAGAGGGCAGACGCAGCGACACUUGUGAGUACUGUGGGAAAGUCUUCAAGAACUGUAGCAAUCUCACUGUCCACAGGAGAAGCCACACGGGCGAAAGGCCUUAUAAAUGCGAGCUGUGCAACUAUGCCUGUGCCCAGAGUAGCAAGCUCACCAGGCACAUGAAAACGCAUGGCCAGGUGGGGAAGGACGUUUACAAAUGUGAAAUUUGUAAGAUGCCUUUUAGCGUGUACAGUACCCUGGAGAAACACAUGAAAAAAUGGCACAGUGAUCGAGUGUUGAAUAAUGAUAUAAAAACUGAAUAGAGGUAUAUUAAUACUCCUCCCUCACUCCCACCCGACACCUCCUUUUUUCACCAUCCCCCCCUACCCCAUAGUCCUCCAGCCCCAGUCCCUGUAGGAUUUUUUCUAGUCCCAUGUGAUUUAAACAAACAAACAAAUAAUAAACAAAAGUAACGGAAGCUAAGAAUAUGAGAGUGCUUGUCACCAGCACACCUGUUUUUUUUUCUUUUCCUUUUUCUUUUUCUUUUUUUUUUUUUUCUUUAUGUUCUCACCGUUUGAAUGCAUGAUCUGUAUGGGGCAAUACUAUUGCAUUUUACGCAAACUUUGAGCCUUUCUCUUGUGCAAUAAUUUACAUGUUGUGUAUGUUUUUUUUUUAAACUUAGACAGCAUGUAUGGUAUGUUAUGGCUAUUUUAAAUUGUCCCUAAUUCGUUGCUGAGCAAACAUGUUGCUGUUUCCAGUUCCGUUCUGAGAAAGAGAGAGAGAGAGAGAGAGAGAGAGAGAGAGAGAGAAAGACCAUGCUGCAUACAUUCUGUAAUACAUAUCAUGUACAGUUUUAUUUUAUAACGUGAGAAGGAAAAAAAGUCUUUUGGAUUAACCCUCUAUAGACAGAAUAGAUGGCACUGAAAAAAAAAAACCUAUCAGCUAAAUGUCUGUCUCUAAAGGGUUAAAUGAAUCAAUUGGAGAGGAAAGAGAAAGAAAGGCCUUGAAUUGACAAAUUAACAGAAAACAGAACAAGUUUAUUCUAUCAUUUGGUUUUAAAAUAUGAGUGCCUUGGAUCUAUUAAAACCACAUUGAUGGUUCUUUUUACUUGUUAUAAACUUGUAGCUUAAUUCAGUGUUGGGUGAGGUAAUGAACCCUAGGACCUAGCAUAUUUCUCACAACAAUGGCUACCUAAAAAUAUAACCCAUUAUGUCCUAGUUAAUCAUCAUUUUCCCUUUAGUUUAACUUUUGUGAACAAAAACUGAUUAUACCAGUAUAAAAGCUACUUUGCUCCUGGUGAGAGCUUAAAAGAAAUGGGCUGCUUUGCCCAAAGUUUUAUUUUUUUUAAACAAUGAUUAAAUUGAAUGUGUAACAUGCAAAAGCCCCGGAACGUGAUUAAAUACAUUAGUAAGGAGUUCAUUUUGUGAAGAUACUUGUUUGAAAUAAUAUCUUUUAAAAAUUCUGGCACUAAAAGAAAUAGAUCCAGAUCCACUUGGUUGUCAAAUGGACAAUCACAUGAUAAACUUAAAACCUAGUAUACUAUGUUAAAAAAAGAAGAGGCUGACAAUGAGGUUUGACAGAGGGGAACAGAGGAAAAAAAAGAAGUGAUUUAUUAGCACAACAUGGUACUAUUUGCCAUUUUAAACUAGAACAGGUAUAUAAGCUAAUAUUGAUACAAUGAUGAUUAACUAUGAAUUCUUAAAGACUUGCGUUAAAAUGUGACAUUCUUAAAAAAAAAAGAAGAGAAAGAAUUUUAAGAGUAGCAGUAUAUAUGUCUGUGCUCCCUAAAAGUUGUACUUCAUUUCUUUUCCAUACACUGUGUGCUAUUUGUGUUAACAUGGAAGAGGAUUCAUUGUUUUUAUUUUUUUAUUUUUUUAAGUUUUUCUUUUUUAUUAAGCUAGCAUCUGCCCCAGUUGGUGUUCAAAUAGCACUUGACUCUGCCUGUGAUACCUGUAUCUUUUCUCUAAUCAGAGAUACAGAGGUUGAGUAUAAAAUAAAUCUGCUCAGAUAGGACAAUUAAGUGCACUGUACAAUUUUCCCAGUUUACAGGUCUAUACUUAAGGGAAAAGUUGCAAGAAUGCUGAAAAAAAAAUUGAACACAAUCUCAUUGAUGAGCAUUUAAAAAAAAAGAAAAAAAACUAAAAAACUUUGCCAGCCAUUUACUUGACUAAUGAGCUUACUUACUUGGACGCAACAUUGCGAGCGCUGUGAAUGGAAACAGAAUACACUUAACAUAGAAAUGAAUGAUUGCUUUCGCUUCUACAGUGCAAGGAUUUUUUUGUACAAAACUUUUUUAAAUAUAAAUGUUAAGAAAAAAAUUUUUUAAAAAAACACUUCAUUAUGUUUAGGGGGGAACUGCAUUUUAGGGUUCCAUUGUCUUGGUGGUGUUACAAGACUUGUUAUCCAUUUAAAAAUGGUAGUGGAAAUUCUAUGCCUUGGAUUACACACCGCUCUUCAGGUUGUAAAAAAAAAAACAUACAUUGGGGAAAGGUUUAAGAUUAUAUAGUACUUAAAUAUAGGAAAAUGCACACUCAUGUUGAUUCCUAUGCUAAAACACAUUUAUGGUCUUUUUUCUGUAUUUCUAGAAUGGUAUUUGAAUUAAAUGUUCAUCUAGUGUUAGGCACUAUAGUAUUUAUAUUGAAGCUUGUAUUUUUAACUGUUGCUUGUUCUCUUAAAAGGUAUCAAUGUACCUUUUUUGGUAGUGGAAAAAAAAAGACAGGCUGCCACAGUAUAUUUUUUUAAUUUGGCAGGAUAAUAUAGUACAAAUUAUUUGUAUGCUUCAAAAAAAAAAAGAGAAACAAAAAAGUGUGACAUUGUACAGAUGAGAAGCCAUAUAAUGGCGGUUUGGGGGAGCCUGCUAGAAUGUCACACAGAUGGCUGUCAUAGGGGUUGUACAUAUCCUUUUUGUUCCUUUUUCCUGCUGCCAUACUGUAUGCAGUACUGCAAGCUAAUAACGUUGGUUUGUUAUGUAGUGUGCUUUUUGUCCCUUUCCUUCUAUCACCCUACAUUCCAGCAUCUUACCUUCAUAUGCAGUAAAAGAAAGAAAGAAAAAAAAAAAAGGAAAAAAAAAAACCAAUGUUUUGCAGUUUUUUUCAUUGCCAAAAACUAAAUGGUGCUUUAUAUUUAGAUUGGAAAGAAUUUCAUAUGCAAAGCAUAUUAAAGAGAAAGCCCGCUUUAGUCAAUACUUUUUUGUAAAUGGCAAUGCAGAAUAUUUUGUUAUUGGCCUUUUCUAUUCCUGUAAUGAAAGCUGUUUGUCGUAACUUGAAAUUUUAUCUUUUACUAUGGGAGUCACUAUUUAUUAUUGCUUAUGUGCCCUGUUCAAAACAGAGGCACUUAAUUUGAUCUUUUAUUUUUCUUUGUUUUUAUUUUUUUUAUUUGGAUGACCAAAGGUCAUUACAACCUGGCUUUUUAUUGUAUUUGUUUCUGGUCUUUGUUAAGUUCUAUUGGAAAAACCACUGUCUGUGUUUUUUUGGCAGUUGUCUGCAUUAACCUGUUCAUACACCCAUUUUGUCCCUUUAUUGAAAAAAAAUAAAAAAAAAAUUAAAGUACACAAUGUAAGCUUCUUGUGUCCUCAUUUGACACACUCUGUAAAUUACUUCAAGAAAAUAACAGGUUUUAAGAGAAGGCCAGUCAGUCUUUUUCAAGAUUAUUUCUCUGGGCAUUUUGAUGCGUGUCUUAUACCCUAAAGGAACUUACUUACUAUAUUAAAAUAGACAUCUCAAACCAUGGAUAUAGUUAUUAGGCUUUACAAUUUUAGAAUAAUUUUCAAGAAACUGAAGGUGUUUUCAGUCUGAUGUUAAAAACUUUUGUUCCAUCUCUUAGCAGAAAUCCAUUCAGCUUAUUAAGUGAAAAACUUGCUGGUAAUAGCAUCUUCAACUUUUAUUUCCUUUGGAUUUUUUGCUGUUCUUGUUGUCUAAAAGUUCUUUUCUAUUCUCCCAUCAUUGUCCUAUCUUAGAAUGUGAUGUAAAAAAGGUUUUUUAAAAAGAAAUCAGCUCUUUAGUUUCUACCUAAUAGUCAUUCCUCAUAACAAGAACGACCCCAGCCCUCAGACCUAAAAAUCCAGAGACAAAGGCAUCAACUAAACAAACAAGCAAACAAACCAAAAAAGGAGGGAGGAGAAAAAUGAGCAGAAAGUAGCGACCAGGGGUAGCCAGACAGAGCCAACAUUCUGGAAUCAGACCCUGCUUUCUAGAGAUGAGGGUGGCUUGCUUUGUGGUUCUGAGACCCCACAGACCUUACGUGCGACAGAUCGUUUCCAUGUUUUCCUAGGGUCUACCUGGCUGGCAGCAAGUGAGAGUGGGAAUACCCUUCAGUUAUCUUUCGACCAACCAACAGAUUUAUGCAAUGCCUUUGAAAAGCAAGUUAGGCCUAUUUUUUAAAAUCUCUUCUUACCAAUCUGUGUUGUCGGUUUUACAAAUACUGCAUGUCGCAGCAUCAAUUUGCUUUAUUACAACACAUGCCUCUGUGAUACUGUGUCCCUGUUCCCAGUGUAGAUGAAUGGAUCCGACAUUGUUCUUAUUUUUGUAAAAACCAAAACAAAAGCUGUUCUGUCGUCUUCUUGUGGUAGCAUUUUUUUUUUCUGUUGCUCAGUUCUUUGCCCUAGUACCAGUUGAGGUGGUCUUUUCAUGUAAUGCCUUUCAUCUAAGGCAAGAAGAGUUUUAUCUUUUUAAAGUAUAGAGAAACUAGGUUUUUUGUUUUUUUUAAAGCCAGUUUGGGUGUGAAUCAGAGUCCACUAAGAGGAUUUUGGAGAACAUUGCACAGGAGCUAAGAUGGGAUGGGGGCAGAGUACCUUGGAGAACUUGGUGUUUGUCAGUGAACUGAAAAAAGAUGUGUGUGUUUUAGAUUAGGUUACUCCAAAAUGGAAUCCAAAAUGCUGUUUGAGACAGAUAGAAAUAUUCCCUGGUGCCAUGCCGGUUUUAGACAUGCUGACUUCUGUUCCACCAUAUUAAAUGGCCAUAAAACUUCCGUGUGUCCCUAUUGCUCUUUUAUUAGGAGCUCUGGAGUGCAGCUGUGUAGGUUUUAUAUACAAUAUUCAUUUUAAUUUCUCAGUAUAUGAUGCUCUUAGUGUAAUUAGGUUUUGCAUCUGACAGACAGAAUUAAUGGUGGAUACGGUAUACGUGUAUGUUCAGAUUUCUUAAAUCAAAUGGGGAACGGGGAGGGGUGCAAACAUCUGAUGAUAAAUCACAGAUUAUGCUUGAUUUACAUGGUCCCAAAGUUAAAUAAAUUUAUUGGGAGACAGGUUCUUCAGGUUACUUCUCAUGACUUACUGAAGCCUUCUGAUAAAAUAUUAUUUCUGAAGCUUACUGAACAAUAGGAGCAUGAAAACUUAAGUCAAAAAAAUAAAACUUGUAAGUGGCAUUUUGCAUCUGGAGUCCUAAAAUUUAAAAAUCAUAGUAUAAAAUAAUAUUUUAAAAAGUCCCACAGUAAGAUGAAUUCCUAAUAUAUUUUUAAAAUGAAGAAAUACUAAGAACGGUAAUAUCUCCCCUAAAUUCUCAGUUAAUUUUUUGUAACUAUUGAUGCGCUUGCUGAUGAAAUGUUCCCUAUGUACUCAAAAUCCUGAUGCUUAAGAUGUUUCUUUUUAUCUUCAUUUUGAGAGCAACUUAACAAAUAGGAAUACAGCAAAUACUCUUUCACAGAUUUGAACCCCAAAGCUCUUCCAGGGCAUAUACUACCUCCUUUCUGAGCCUGUUUGCUAUCCUCUCGUUAUUCAGGACCUGCAAAAGGACUGAAACCAACAUGUCUUAAAGGUUGCUAAGAGGUGGGGUGAACGUGGGUCUUCAUGUGUACCAGCUGUGGCAGGAAGUGUGAAGUGGUUUGAGUUUUUCCCAGAGCAUUCUGUGGCUAGAACUGUUUAUUUAAAUACCAUUUUUUUGUGUAUGCAAUAAGUCCAUAUUGUAUAUAACCAUAGUACUUGAAGUGAGAAUUCAAAAGGAAGUGGCAGAGAGAGGGGUUGAUUUAGAUAUGAUUUCAAUUGGAGAAAUAAGAAAAAGAGGUUGGUUAUUCAUAGACGCUAAAAGUUUUCAGGAAGGUACUAAGAUUAUUUGGGACCAUUCCAAAAAGGGGUUGAGAAGCCUUACUAAUGCUAUCCUGCUUCUAGCACUUUACUCAGAGAGUGAGUAAGGGAGGAAAUACAGUGUUUUCUGCUUUUAAACCCCCCACCCAUCCCGAACACACACACACAAACAUGAUUGUUGGUGACUCUAGGAACUUUGCAUUUGCAUUCUCUACUGUGAAUCUGUCACUCCUUUGUCUCUGGGCUUAGGGUGUUCAAGAAUGCAUCCAUCUCAUUUUUUUUUUAAACAACUUCCCUUAAAGAGAUUGUGGGAAUUUUGCCCAUAUGAGGAUGGGAUGGGCCAUGUUCUUUCAACCUUGUUGGAAAAUUGUUUUUGAAAAGAAGGUUAACUUUUAAAAGGCAUGAGCCACUUAGCAAAUUUUCCUUGGUGUCUCCUGCAGUCCGUCAGUCUUUCCAAUGGAAAAUAAACGAACGCAUUUUUAGAGAAAUGGACAUUACAUAGACAGAGUUGGGGUUGAGUACGUUUGCUCCAGGGCUCCUGGAGCUCACGCUGCAGACCCGAGUGGUUGAAUCUGUGCUUGCUGGAGCCUUGGUGCCCCAUUAGCCUGCUGUUCCAUUUACUCCAGCUCAUGGCCAGGGAAUCGGCCUGCAGGGGGACAAGACUGUUUCUCUCUCUCUCUCUCUCUCUCUCUCUCUCUCUCUCUCUCUCUCGUUCCCAGUGUCAUCAAUGAUCAUGGAAUAUGAUUAAUUCCUCCCUUCCCAUUGGGAAAACAGAGCAAUACAGUUCACAUGGGUCACUGUACUUAAGUACCUAAACUUGGCUGAACACAACUCAACGGUCUACCCAAAUACUGUUUUUCCUUUCUGUAACAUGGCAAAAACUAUGUAAAGGAAGCACAUGUAUCUUUCAGGUCUUUCAUAUAGGCAGCAGAAAAGGCCAAUGAAGCAAUUUCCCUAAAGUUUCUUCUAAAACCGGCGCCCCCAGAUCCCUAGGGGGCUGUGCUUUUAAAUAACCUUGAAUGUGGUACAUGCCCAUGCUAUACUUUGUCUGUUAGGGCUUUAAAUACUGGUGGCAGGUCAGACAAAGGGGUUUGACUGGGAUAUCAGCUCAGGGGGCCUCAACAACAGUGACUAGUGCUGGACUGGGAAUGGAAUUCCCCAGAGCCCACCUGGACACAGCAGGCCCCUCAGCUCAGGUCUCCACUGCUCAGGGGGGGAAGCCUGAGAGCAGCUGAGCCCCAGACCCCAGGCCUCCUGCGGCGCUGAGUCAGGGGAGAGGAGGCCCCAGGCCCCUGCUUCGGGUCGCCAUGGCAACGAGGCCUGGAAUGCCACAGAGGUAGCCCUCCUCCUCGGCACAUCUGGACUCCCAGUUCUGCUGCUUCAAGUCAAUGUCCACAGCAAGGGAGGAACCCGGAGGAAAUAUCCACUCCCUUCUUCACCAUUGCCUUCCCCCCUGAGAAACAAGGAAAACAAUUUAAAAAAAUUAAAAAUAAAAGGAAAAAAAAGGAAAAGAAAAAACUGCAUGUUUGAAAGAAACUACAGGCAGUUUUGGGUGCAAUUUGAGAGCAACUAUUUUGGGUUCUGGUUUUCUCUUCAGAGAUUUGUUCGCCUCUUGUAAAUCGUUGGCUGCUUUGACGUUGAACUUGAUGACAUUUCAUGUUUUCGUUGUGCUGCUUUUACAUCAAUUUUGAUUUUUUUGUUUCUUUAUAAUUUUAUUAUUAUUUUAAAGAAGAUGUCCCCCUUGUCCCCCUCCCUCCCCUGCUGUCCUCAACCAAAGGACUGUUUUCCUACUAAGUUUUCUCAGUCAUAAGGGCAAGUGUUUCCUUCCAGGUGUGUCCCGAGUUUAGUAGGGCUAUCAUACCACUGGGUAGGGGGGGUCUGGGUCCUUUGGGGGAAGAGGUGGUGGGAGGCGUGGGAAAGCCACUCAGAGGUCAGAUAACUGGGGAGGGGAGAUGGCGUUGGAGACCAUGCUUAAGAUGCCAGUGGCUCGACCUGUGGUUGAUUUAAGUCAUAAUUUUGAACAGCUAGUGAGAGAACAGAAAAUCGCUGGGCCAAGUCACACCUGUACUUUUUUUUCCCCCCUCCUCUGUCUCCAACCUCU